AUAGCAGAGAACAAUAACUACUUAUCUCAUUCACCCUCAGCCCACACCCGCUUCCAUGCCCGCUCUAUCCCUUCGAUUGCCCUAUCCCCCUAUCUAUAUCGCAUACUCAAAUACUGUCCGUGCACGAACGAAUGUUUUCUUGCCGUCCUGGUCUAUUUUGACCGAAUGGCCAAACACUCACUCGCAACAAACGGUCAACCCUUUUCGAUUGACUCGCACAACAUCCACAGACUCAUCAUUACCGGGGUCAUGAUUGCCACCAAAUUCUUUUCAGACAUCUUUUACACAAAUGCCCGCUAUGCAAAGGUUGGAGGCAUUGAUCUAUCCGAACUAAACCGUCUCGAGGUCGAAUUCCUAACCCUGAACAGUUUCAAUAUGAUGGUGUCCGUAAGUGAGCUGCAGCGUUAUGGCGACAGUCUCCUG